AUGGCACCCCGAUACGCUCUCUCCGAAUCCGAGUCUGGCCCCGACGCCGAAGAAGCACCCGCCGCGCCCUCGGGGAAGACGCUCGAGAAGGCCCUGCGCGAUGCCGUCGCUGCGGUUUACAAAUCUAAGAAGAUGGAGGAGCUGACGAUCAAACGGAUCCGUCUGGCGGCUGCCAAGAGGCUGGAUCUCGAUGAAGGGUUCUUUAAGAGCAGUGAUUGGAAGGGGCGCAGUGAACAGGUUAUCAAGGAUGAAGUGGAAGUACAAGACAAAGCGGCUCAGGAUUCAGAGCGUGGGGUAGAUGACGAUGAAGGGAACGGCACCGCAGAAACCCCACAGAAGGCAAAAAGUACUGGACGCACCAAAUCCGCAGGCGGUACAGCGUCACGAAAGCGCCGAAAGGAGACCACCCCUGGAUCCGAGGACGAAGCCGGCGAAUCCCCGAGUGAGGAAGACGUGAAGAAGCCCACCAAGAAACAGGCCAAGACGACGCAGGACAAGCCGUCACGGAAGGUUUCCAAGGACCGUGUCUCAGACAGCUCAGAUGGGAGCAAUGACGACGAGGAUGAAGGUGAGGAGCAGCAGAAGCCGUCCGAGGAGCCCACGACAGACGCGAAAGCGGACUCGGAAAGCGAAAUGUCCGUCGUCCUGGACGAAGAGCCCAAGCCAAGCCGACCCCGGAAGAAGAGUACCGACGGGCCGUCGCGCAAAGGGGCCGCUAAGAAGCCAGCCCCCAAGGCGAAAGGCAAGGAUGCCGACCCUGAUCCGGACCAGGCGGAGAUCAAACGGUUACAAGGGUGGUUGCUGAAAUGCGGCAUCCGGAAGAUGUGGGCGCGGGAGCUGGCUCCGUACGAGACGCCCAAGGCCAAGAUCAAGCAUCUGAAGGGUAUGCUGAAGGACGCUGGGAUGGAAGGCCGAUAUUCCGUGGAGAAAGCCAGACAGAUCCAGGAGACGCGCGAACUCCAAGCAGACCUCGAGAUGGUCCAGGAGGGGGCGAAACGGUGGGGGAAAGGCAGUGGUGACGAGAACAGCGACGAGGAGCAGCCUCGCCGGCGAUUGAAUCGUGGUCGGAAGACCCUGGCGUUCUUAGACAGUGACGGGGAGGAGUCGGAUUAG